ACAUCGUGCCGCUUGUCUGCUCUGCUGGAAGAGAUGGAGCCUUUCUUAAGAAAGAGGUUGACCUUCCUCUCCUUCUUUUGGAAUAAGCUUUGGCCUACAGAAAUCCCUGAUGACUGCAUUCCCAGGUAUCCGGGGCCUGAUCCAGUCACGACGGACCUUGAUCCGGAUCCAGAUCCUGUCUCCUCCCAGCCUGGCAGCCCUUCGUCCACUGUUCUCUUUACAGCUCUGUAUGACUUCACGGCCAGGUGUGCAGAUGAGCUGAGUGUGAAUCGGGGAGACAAGCUCUUUGCCAUUAAGGAAGAGGGGGACUAUAUCUUUGCCAGGAGACUCUCAGGGAGGCCCAGCACUGGACUGGUCCCCAUUAAUUAUGUAGCCAAGGCAACUCAUGAGUCCUUCUCCACCCAACCCUGGUUCUUCAGCGGGAUCAGCCGCAGUGAGGCCCAGCAGCUCCUGCUUUCCCCCUCCAAUCAGCAUGGUGCCUUCCUGGUGCGGCCCAGCGAGAGCAGCAGAGGGGACUACUCGUUGUCAGUUCGCACCCAAGCCAAAGUCUGCCACUACCGCAUCUCCAAGGCUCCUGAUGGGGGUCUCUACAUCCAGAAAGGACAGGUCUUUCCCAGCCUGGAGGAGCUGCUUGCCUUCUACAAAGCAAACUGGAAAAUCAUCCAGAAUCCCUUGCUUCAACCCUGCAUCCCAGAGAGGCCUCACGAAUGGGAUGAAUGGGAACGACCCCGAUCUGAGUUUGCCCUCCGGAGAAAACUUGGAGAAGGAUAUUUUGGAGAGGUGUGGGAAGGACUGUGGCUGAACAUGGUGCCGGUAGCCAUUAAGAUCAUAAAGCAAGAUAUGAAGCUCGACGACUUCACCAAAGAGAUUCAGAACCUAAAAAGCCUGAAACACGAGAAGCUCAUCAGGCUGCAUGCAGUCUGCUCCAUCGGAGAGCCUGUGUAUAUUGUCACAGAACUCAUGAGGAAAGGAAACCUCCAGAACUACCUCAACAGUCCAGAAGGGAAAACCCUGAGUCUGAUUCACUUGAUGAGUAUUGCCUGCCAAGUAGUGGAAGGAAUGACGUACCUGGAGGAGAAACACAUCGUGCACCGCGAUCUGGCAGCCAGAAACAUCCUGGUGGGAGACGAUCUUACUUGUAAGAUUGCAGACUUCGGCCUGGCAAGGCUUCUCAAGGAUGAUAUUUACUCUACAAGCAGCAGCACCAAAAUCCCAGUGAAAUGGACAGCCCCCGAGGCAGCAAACUACCGGAUUUACUCCCAGAAAUCAGAUGUCUGGUCCUUUGGGAUUCUGCUCUAUGAAGUUUUCACUUUUGGGCAGUGCCCAUAUGAAGGGAUGACAAACCAAGAGACUAUACAUCAGAUAACGAGGGGCUACCGCCUACCCCGCCCCAACACCUGCUCUCCCGAAGUCUACGUCAUCAUGCUGGAGUGCUGGAAGGCCAAUGCUGAAGAGCGGCCCACCUUCUUUGCCCUGAGAGAGAAGCUCUGCUCCAUCUACAGACGAGUGUAUCACUCGUUCACAUGACAAGAGGUGUUCAUCACAUUCCUGGACUUCCUGCGAGGCAGAGGACCUUAGUUCACUCCCAGAGCAGAAUUACAGUGGGCCUUGGACUGUUCUCAUCCUCAUGGUCUGACCCAUCCUCGUGGUUUGAUGGAAUCUCAUGGGUUACACCUAACUUCUAUGAUCCUUGCCUAGAGAGCUCUUAGGAAGGAAGGAUAGAGCUGGUCUCCCCUCCCAUUUGUUGUGGAAAGAGGUCUUGCUUCUGAUCACCUGGGGCACAUUACUUCCAGGAGAUUAUGUCAUGUAAAUACUGUAUAGAAAAGAUUUAAGCUGUUGUAUAUAUGAGAACCAGCAGAUCAUGGCACGAAAUUCACUUGUGUGUGUCCACGUAGCUAACUUGCUGGCUUUUGAGCCCAAACAAUUCUCAAAACUAUAGCUGUGUAGAUAUACCCGGCCUUCAUAUUCAAAGGUGUCACUGCUGAUGGUGAACUCUCUUCAUAUGAAUGGAUGUGACUGAAAAGAUGGAAGCAUAACCAGAUUCAGGCAUUGUGUACAGCACUGUGUGCCUCAUGGGUCAUUCUUUGCCUUUGCUCUUUUGCAGAAGCUGGUGCUGUUUUCGUUUCUGCCUUCUAGUGCAGACAUUUAGGCUCCUGGAAGCCUCUGCUCAGAAAAAGCCAUCUCCACUCUUGAUUGUUGCAUGCCAGGGUGGUCUGUCCUCUGCCAUUAUCAAAUAUGAUUGAUUGUCUCCCCAAGGUUCACUGCUCCUGCUUUGCACCAUUUCAGGUGGAGAUGAUUCUACAGCUUAAUUACACAGUGGAAUAGGUAGAUCUGUUGCUUUUCCAGCUAACAGGCUAUUGAUCUAUCUGCCUGUGUGCCCACCUAUUAUGAUGUUUAAAGAGGUAUUUGUUGCUUCUGAUGAAACUACUGAAGUUCAGUCAUAUACUAUUGCCAGGGGUUUAUCAUUUGAAGCAGGCUAUUUCACUGUGGGAGGAAUGUCAUUCGGGCUUUCAUUUUGUCAAAAACCAAAGAAGAAGCGAGAAAAGACGAAAAAUUGAGCAGCAAGGUCUACAAAGGAACAAAGCAUGUUUGCUACUGAAUG